AUGGUCUCCGAGGAGGAGGAGGAGGAGGACGGCGACGCUGAGGAGACCCAGGAUUCUGAGGACGACGAGGAAGAUGAGAUGGAGGAGGAUGAUGAUGAUUCCGAUUAUCCGGAGGAGAUGGAAGACGAUGAUGACGACGCCAGUUACUGCACAGAAAGCAGCUUCAGGAGCCAUAGCACCUACAGCAGCACUCCAGGUAGGCGAAAACCAAGAGUACAUCGGCCUCGUUCUCCAAUAUUGGAAGAAAAAGACAUCCCACCCCUUGAAUUUCCCAAGUCCUCUGAGGAUUUAAUGGUGCCUAAUGAGCAUAUAAUGAAUGUUAUUGCCAUUUAUGAGGUACUGCGGAACUUUGGCACUGUUUUAAGAUUGUCUCCUUUUCGCUUUGAGGACUUCUGUGCAGCUCUGGUGAGCCAAGAGCAAUGCACACUCAUGGCAGAGAUGCACGUUGUGCUUUUGAAAGCAGUUCUGCGUGAAGAAGACACUUCCAAUACUACCUUUGGACCUGCUGAUUUGAAAGACAGUGUUAACUCCACGCUGUAUUUCAUAGAUGGGAUGACGUGGCCAGAGGUGCUGCGUGUGUACUGUGAGAGUGAUAAGGAGUACCAUCAUGUCCUUCCUUACCAAGAGGCAGAGGACUAUCCUUAUGGACCAGUAGAGAACAAGAUCAAAGUUCUGCAGUUUUUAGUUGAUCAGUUUCUUACAACAAAUAUUGCUCGUGAGGAAUUGAUGUCUGAAGGGGUGAUACAGUAUGAUGACCAUUGUAGGGUUUGUCACAAACUUGGGGAUUUGCUUUGCUGUGAGACGUGUUCAGCAGUAUACCAUUUGGAAUGUGUGAAGCCACCUCUUGAGGAGGUGCCAGAGGACGAAUGGCAGUGUGAAGUCUGUGUAGCACACAAGGUGCCUGGUGUGACUGACUGUGUUGCUGAAAUCCAAAAAAAUAAACCUUAUAUUCGACAUGAACCUAUUGGAUAUGACAGAAGUCGGAGGAAAUACUGGUUCUUAAACCGCAGACUCAUAAUAGAAGAAGAUACAGAAAAUGAAAACGAAAAGAAAAUUUGGUACUACAGCACAAGGAUUCAGCUUGCAGAAUUAAUCGACUGUCUAGACAAAGAUUAUUGGGAAGCAGAACUUUGCAAAACUCUAGAAGAAAUGCGUGAAGAAAUUCACCGACACAUGGACAUAACUGAAGACCUGACCAAUAAGGCUCGGGGCAGUAACAAAUCCUUUCUGGCGGCAGCUAACGAAGAAAUUUUGGACUCCAUAAGAGCCAAAAAGGGAGAAAUUGAUUCUGUUAAAAGCCCAGAAGAAAUAGAGAAAGAAAAGAAUGAGACCGAGAAUGAUGACUCAAAAGAUGCCGAGAAAAGCAGAGAGGAAUUUGAAGACCAGUCCCUUGAAAAAGACAAUGACGACAAAAUGCCAGAUGAUGAUCCCGAGCAAGGAAGAUCUGAGGAGCCAACAGAAGUUGGGGAUAAAGGUAACUCUGUAUCAGCAAAUCUUGGCGACAACACAACAAUUGCUUCUUCAGAAGAGACUAGUCCCUCUGAAGGGAGGAGCCCUGUGGGGUAUCUCUCAGAAACCCAUGAUAGCAGCAACAUGGCAGAGAAGAAGGUGGCAUCUGAGCUCCCCCAGGAUGUGCCAGAAGAACCUAACAAGACAUGUGACAACAGUAACACUAGUGCUACUACUACCUCUAUCCAGCCUAAUCUGGAAAACAGUAACAGCAGCAGUGAACUAAAUUCUUCCCAGAGUGAAUCUGCUAAGGCAGCUGAUGAUCCUGAAAAUGGAGAAAGAGAAUCCCAUACACCUGUCUCUAUUCAAGAAGAGAUAGGUGAUUUCAAAUCAGAGAAGUCUAAUGGGGAGAUGUGUGAGUCUCCUGGAGCUGGUAGAGGAGCUUCUGGUUCAACUCGCAUUAUCACCAGAUUGCGGAAUCCAGACAGCAAACUUAGUCAGCUUAAGAGCCAGCAGGUGGCAGCUGCAGCCCAUGAAGCAAAUAAAUUAUUUAAAGAGGGCAAAGAGGUACUAGUAGUUAACUCUCAAGGAGAAAUUUCACGGUUGAGCACCAAAAAGGAAGUGGUCAUGAAAGGAAAUAUCAACAAUUAUUUUAAAUUAGGUCAAGAAGGGAAGUAUCGCGUCUACCACAAUCAAUAUUCCACUAAUUCAUUUGCUUUGAAUAAGCACCAGCACAGAGAAGAUCAUGAUAAGAGAAGGCAUCUUGCACAUAAGUUCUGUUUGACUCCGGCAGGAGAGUUCAAAUGGAAUGGUUCCGUCCAUGGGUCCAAAGUUCUUACCAUAUCCACUCUGAGACUAACGAUCACCCAGCUAGAAAACAACAUCCCUUCAUCCUUUCUGCAUCCUAAUUGGGCUUCACACAGGGCAAAUUGGAUCAAGGCAGUACAGAUGUGUAGCAAACCCAGAGAAUUUGCAUUGGCUUUAGCUAUUUUGGAGUGUGCAGUAAAACCAGUCGUGAUGCUGCCAAUAUGGCGGGAAUCUUUAGGGCAUACCAGGUUACAUAGGAUGACAUCAAUUGAAAGAGAAGAAAAGGAGAAAGUGAAAAAAAAAGAGAAAAAACAGGAAGAAGAAGAAACAAUGCAGCAAGCUACGUGGGUAAAAUACACAUUUCCAGUUAAACAUCAGGUUUGGAAACAAAAAGGAGAGGAAUACAGAGUGACAGGAUAUGGUGGUUGGAGCUGGAUUAGUAAAACUCAUGUUUAUAGAUUUGUUCCUAAAUUGCCAGGCAAUACUAAUGUAAAUUACAGAAAGCCAGGAGAAGGAACCAAAAAUAAUAUGGAUGAAAAUAUGGAUGAAUCAGAUAAAAGAAAAAGUCCACAAAGUCCAAAAAAAAUAAAAACAGAGCUUGAUCCUGAGAAAGAUGAGGUAAAAGAUUCAGAUGCUACAAAAGGGGCAGACCAAAAUGAAAUGGAUAUCUCAAAGAUUACUGAGAAGAAGGAUCCAGAUGGAAAAGAACUUCUAGAUUCUGACAAUGAUAAAUCUUUCAAGGAAGAACCAAUGGAAAUAGAUGAUGAUGUGAAAUCAGAGUCACAUAAAAAUUGCCAGGAAAGUUCUCAAGUAGAUGUGGUCAAUGUCAGUGAGGGUUUUCACCUCAGGACUACUUACAAAAAGAAAACGAAGUCAUCCAAACUGGAUGGACUGCUUGAAAGGAGAAUUAAACAGUUUACACUGGAAGAAAAACAGCGCCUUGAAAAAAUGAAGUUGGAGGGUGGAAUUAAGGGCACAGGAAAGACUUCUGCAGGUUCUUCGAAAAGUCCCUCUGAGUCAACAGUAACAACAAAAGCAAAAGAAGGGAGUCAGAAUGACUUGCUUAGACAAGAACAGAGUCCUGAUGCAAAUCGUGAGAAAUCUGAGGGCUCAAUUCAGGGAUGUUCACAAAGUGAUUCCUCAGUCCUUGGACUCAGUGGUCCUACUCAUGCUAUAAACAAACAUUACCCAAAGGACCAGGUGUUAGAUGAUGGCUCUAUUCAGAGCUCAGAAACAAAUUGUCAGAAACAAAAUUCUGUUGAAAAUGACAUAGAAGAGAAUCUCUUGGACCCUGCCAGUGAAAGCCAGGAACCCAGUAAAAUUAAAAUAAAAGGAAAUGAUUUUUUCAUUGAUGACUCUAAACCAUCCAGUACAGAUAAUGUUGGUACUUUGAUCUAUAAAAACAAAAAACCACUCACACAGGAGGAAAAUGACACCAUUCUUUCUCCUUCUAAGAGUACUUUACUUUCAUCAGUUUCUAAAAGUAUCAGUGACAGAGAUGCCUCAUCUAUUUCAAAAGUAAUGGACUUCGAAGGAAAACUGGGGUGUGACUCUGAAUAUAAUAGCACUUUGGAAAAUAGUUCUGAUACUAUGUCUAUCCAAGAUAGCAGUGAGGAAGAUAUGAUUGUUCAAAAUAGCAAUGAAAGUAUUUCUGAAAAAUUCAUAACUCAAGAACAAAGUAUUGAAGGUUUGGAGCCAUUGAAAUGUGAGUUUCUUUCUAAGUCCAGUAGAAACUGUGAUAGCAGGUUGCAGGGUAAGGUAACUGAAGCAAAUGGUAAAAAACCAAGUCAGCAGCAGACGUUAGAAGAGAGACCAAUUAAUAAAUUCACUGAUCAAAUAAAUCUGAAAAAUAGCACAGACAAAAAGAAUAAUGAAAAUCGAGAGUCUGAAAAGAAAGGACAGAAAACAAGUACAUUUCAAAUAAAUGGAAAAGAUAAUAAACCUAAAGUAUAUUUGAAAGGUGAAUGCUUGAAGGAAAUCUCUGAGAGUAAAAUAGCAAGUGGUCAUGUUGAACCAAAGGUUAAUAAUAUAAAUAAAAUAAUCCCUGAAAAUGAUGUUAAAUCAUUAACUGUUAAAGAACCUGCUGCAAAGCCAUUCAUUAAUGGAGACAUCAUCAUGGAAGAUUUUAGUGAAAAAAACAACUCAGAAACAAAAUCAUGUUUACUGCGUUCUUCAGAUGCUGAAGGUGACUACCAAGAUAGCCUUGAGACUAUGCCAUCAACCAAAGAGUCUAACAGAACAUGGACUACCACAGCUCCACCACCUUGUCCAGAAAGCAACUUGGUCAAUCAGGUAGAAGAUAUGGAAGUUGAAAGCUCAGAAGUUAAGAAGGUUACUCCAUCACCAAUUACUUCUGGAGAGGAAUCUAAUCUCAGUAACGAUUUUAUUGAUGAAAAUGGUCUGCCCACCAACAAAGAUGAAAAUGUCAAUGGAGAAUCUAAAAGAAAAACAGUCAUCACAGAAGUUACCACCAUGACAUCCACUGUGGCCACAGAAUCAAAAACUGUGAUCAAGGUGGAAAAAGGAGAUAAGCAAACUGUAGUCUCCUCUACAGAAAACUGUGCCAAAUCCACUGUCACCACCACCACCACAACGGUAACAAAGCUUUCCACACCCUCCACAGGCAGCAGUGUAGACAUCAUCUCUGUAAAGGAGCAGAGCAAAACCGUGGUGACCACAACAGUGACAGACUCUCUAACCACCACAGGAGGCACACUGGUAACAUCCAUGACUGUGAGCAAAGAGUAUUCCACAAAGGACAAAGUGAAACUGAUGAAAUUUUCAAGACCAAAGAAGGCUCGUUCAGGUACAGCUUUGCCAUCCUAUAGAAAGUUUAUUACCAAGAGCAGCAAGAAGAGCAUAUUUGUUUUGCCUAAUGAUGACUUAAAAAAGUUGGCCAGAAAAGGAGGAAUCCGAGAAGUCCCAUAUUUUAAUUACAAUGCAAAACCUGCUUUGGAUAUAUGGCCAUACCCUUCUCCUAGACCAACCUUUGGUAUCACUUGGAGGUAUAGACUUCAGACCGUGAAGUCCUUGGCUGGAGUGAGCCUGAUGUUACGGUUACUGUGGGCAAGUUUGAGAUGGGAUGACAUGGCAGCCAAGGCUCCUCCAGGAGCAGGGACUACACGGACAGAAACAUCUGAAACUGAAAUCACAACAACUGAAAUAAUUAAGAGGAGAGAUGUUGGUCCUUACGGCAUUCGAUCUGAAUAUUGUAUCAGGAAAAUCAUUUGCCCCAUUGGAGUUCCAGAAGCACCAAAAGAAACACCUACACCUCAGAGGAAAGGUCUUCGAUCAAGUGCAUUGCGACCAAAGAGACCAGAAACACCCAAGCAAACUGGCCCAGUUAUUAUUGAAACCUGGGUAGCAGAAGAAGAGCUAGAAUUAUGGGAGAUCAGGGCGUUUGCUGAGAGAGUGGAGAAAGAAAAGGCACAAGCAGUUGAGCAACAGACUAAGAAACGAUUGGAGCAGCAAAAGCCUACAGUGAUUGCAACUUCCACUACUUCCCCAACAAAUAGUACAACCAGUACCAUCUCUCCAGCACAGAAAGUUAUGGUGGCCCCGAUAAGUGGCUCAGUUACGACUGGAACCAAAAUGGUACUAACUACUAAAGUUGGAUCUCCAGCUACAGUAACAUUCCAGCAAAAUAAGAACUUCCAUCAAACUUUUGCCACAUGGGUUAAGCAAGGCCAGUCAAAUUCAGGUGUUGUUCAAGUACAGCAGAAAGUCCUGGGCAUCAUUCCAUCAAGUACAGGUUCAAGUCAACAAACCUUUACUUCAUUCCAGCCCAGGACAGCAACAGUCACAAUUAGGCCCAACACCUCGGCCUCUGCAGGAACCACAAGCACAUCACAAGUAAUCACAGGGCCUCAGAUCCGCCCUGGUAUGACGGUGAUUAGAACACCACUCCAACAGUCAACACUAGGAAAGGCAAUUAUUCGAACACCUGUGAUGGUACAGCCAGGUACUCCUCAGCAAGUGGUGACUCAGAUCAUCAGAGGGCAGCCAGUUUCCACUGCAAUCUCUGCCCCUAACACAGUUUCCUCAACACCUGUGCAGAAAAACUUAACUCCAGCAACAUCUACUGCAAAUCUACAGUCCUCAACCUCACAAUCCCCUCGCCCUCAACAAGGACAGGUGAAACUCACCAUGGCUCAACUCACUCAGUUAACACAGGGCCACGGUGGCAAUCAGGGUUUGACAGUAGUAAUUCAAGGACAAGGUCAAACUACUGGACAGUUGCAGUUGAUACCUCAAGGGGUGACUAUACUCCCAGGCCCAGGACAGCAGCUAAUGCAAGCUGCAAUGCCAAACGGUACCGUUCAGCGAUUCCUCUUUACUCCAUUGGCAACAACAGCCACAACAGCCAGUACCACCACUACCACCACUGUCUCCACUCCGGCAGCAGGUACGGGUGAACAAAAACAGAGUAAAUUAUCACCCCAGACACAGGUGCAACCAGCCAAAACGCUGCCACCCACUCAGUCAUCAAGUGUGAGUCCUCCAGAAGCUCAGCCACAGACCAUUCAGCCUUCAGCUCAGCCCCAGCCCCAAACCCAACCCCAAUCCCCAACUCAGCCUGAAGUUCAGACUCAACCUGAAGUUCAGACCCAAACAACUGCUUCAUCCCCUGUUCCAUCUGAAGCACAACCCACCCAAGCACAGUCAUCCAAACCCCAAGUUGCAGCACAGAGUCAGCCUCAAAGUAAUAUCCAAGGACAGUCUCCUGUUCGUGUCCAAAGUCCACCACAGACUCGAAUACGUCCAUCAACUCCAUCCCAAGUGUCUCCUGGACAGCAAUCCCAGGUUCAGACUACAACCUCACAACCGAUUCCUAUUCAACCACAUACAUCUCUUCAGAUACCUUCCCAAGGCCAGCCACAAUCACAACCCCAGGUACAGUCUUCAACUCAAACUCUUUCAUCAGGACAAACGUUAAAUCAAGUUACUGUUUCAUCCCCAUCCUGUCCUCAGCUACAAAUACAGCAGCCACAGCCCCAAGUCAUUGCUGUGCCUCAGCUGCAACAACAAGUCCAGGUUCUCUCUCAGAUCCAGUCACAGGUUGUGGCUCAGAUACAGGCUCAGCAAGGUGGUGUGCCCCAGCAAAUCAAACUUCAGUUACCUAUUCAAAUUCAGCAAAGCAGUGCUGUGCAGACUCACCAGAUUCAGAAUGUGGUUACAGUGCAGGCAGCCAGUGUGCAAGAGCAGUUGCAAAGGGUUCAGCAACUCAGGGAUCAGCAGCAAAAGAAGAAACAGCAACAGAUAGAAAUUAAGCGUGAACACACCCUCCAAGCUUCUAAUCAAAGUGAAAUCAUUCAGAAACAGGUGGUGAUGAAGCAUAAUGCUGUAAUUGAACAUUUAAAACAGAAAAAGAGCAUGACUCCAGCUGAAAGAGAAGAAAAUCAAAGAAUGAUUGUCUGUAACCAGGUGAUGAAGUAUAUUUUGGAUAAGAUAGAUAAAGAAGAAAAACAGGCAGCUAAGAAAAGGAAGCGCGAAGAGAGUGUAGAGCAGAAACGCAGCAAGCAGAAUGCCACCAAGCUCUCAGCUCUGCUCUUCAAGCACAAAGAGCAACUCAGAGCUGAGAUCCUGAAGAAGAGGGCGCUUCUAGACAAGGAUCUGCAAAUCGAGGUGCAGGAAGAGCUGAAGAGAGACCUGAAAAUUAAGAAAGAAAAAGAGCUGAUGCAGGCAGCACAGGCCACAGCAGCAGCUGCACCCUGCCCCCCAGUGUCAGCAGCACCUCCAGCCCCUCCACCCUCACCUCCCCCUCCACCUGCUGUGCAACACACAGGCCUCCUGUCCUCACCCACUUUACCUGUGGCUUCCCAGAAGAGGAAGCGUGAAGAGGAGAAAGACUCAAGCUCCAAGUCCAAGAAGAAGAAAAUGAUCUCUACUACCUCAAAGGAAACUAAGAAGGACACAAAGCUUUACUGUAUCUGUAAAACGCCUUACGAUGAAUCUAAGUUCUAUAUUGGCUGUGAUCUUUGUACUAACUGGUAUCAUGGAGAAUGUGUUGGCAUCACAGAAAAGGAGGCUAAGAAAAUGGAUGUGUACAUCUGUAAUGAUUGUAAACGGGCACAAGAGGGCAGCAGUGAGGAAUUGUACUGUAUCUGCAGAACACCUUAUGAUGAGUCACAAUUUUAUAUUGGCUGUGAUCGCUGUCAGAAUUGGUACCAUGGGCGCUGCGUUGGCAUCUUGCAGAGUGAGGCAGAGCUCAUUGACGAGUAUGUCUGUCCACAGUGCCAGUCGACAGAGGAUGCCAUGACAGUGCUCACACCACUAACAGAGAAGGAUUAUGAGGGGUUGAAGAGGGUGCUGCGUUCCUUGCAGGCACAUAAGAUGGCCUGGCCUUUCCUUGAACCAGUCGAUCCUAAUGAUGCACCAGAUUAUUAUGGUGUUAUUAAGGAACCCAUGGACCUUGCCACCAUGGAAGAAAGAGUACAAAGACGAUACUAUGAAAAGCUGACAGAAUUUGUGGCAGAUAUGACCAAAAUAUUUGAUAACUGUCGUUACUACAAUCCAAGUGACUCCCCUUUUUACCAGUGUGCGGAAGUUCUUGAAUCAUUCUUUGUACAGAAGUUGAAAGGAUUCAAAGCUAGCAGAUUGUGAUAUCUUUAGUCUGAAUUUUUAACUGGAAUCAGAACUGGAUGUUGGGGUCACUCUUUGUUUUAUUGUACCACGUGAUUACCUAAUUCAAAAUUGCCCCCCCAAAGUUCAGAUUAGUUAAUAUAAUUUUUUAAUGUUAAAAAAAGAUGUAUAGUGGUAAACCAUUUAUUCUAGCAGCCAUGUUGAACAAUGUAUUUAAAAAUUGUAAACUCUUGGAAUACUGUAUUUAUCUGCUAUUGCAAUAUAAAGUAUUUUUACUUAGUCCUGGUAACUGUAAAAUAAUUUGGUUUACUAACAGAAGUUGUGAAUAAAACUGUGAAACUAGAAGGGAGACUUUCUGGACUUUAAUAGAAAAAUGUGAUUUUAAUAUUGCUACUUCUCCUCUUUUAACAUAAUUUUUUCCCUUCAUAUUCCCCAAAUCAUUGUAAAUAAACAUGUGCACACACACACACACACACACACACACACACACACCCCUUUUACCACAAUGGUAAUGCUUCUGUAAAUGUCUCUAUUUGUCCUAUUGGCUGAAAAUGUUGUAAUCUUUAUUAGACAAAUAUAUAUAUUUUUUUAAAUAUUGGCUUUUUCCAGUGAGUUAUCAUGUGUAGUGUACAGUGAAACGUUUUAAUAUUAUAGGUUAAAAAUUUCUUAAUUGUUUCCUUAUAUUUGCUUGCCAAGGGUGAAUGAAAGAACAUGGCUGCUUCUCCCAGACUGACUGGCCUUGGCAUCCACAUAAAGCAUCAUUGUUUUCAAAAUGAAGGGUGCUUAAUUGUUCCCUUUUCUCUAUAUUCUGUAGGUCUCAUAACAACAAACUGCAGUCUACAGCUUCUUAAAGUUCAGCGUGUUACCCUAACAUAAAACACAGCAAGAAUCUGGUUGUCUGAACUAUUUUAAAUUAAGGAGCCAGAUGUUUUUAGUCAGGCUAUCCUGACAAGACCUAAACUUCGUUUUUAUUGGUCAUAACAGUCCAAUUAUAUUCUUGGCCAAUUUUGUCCAACGGACAAGAGAAAAGCAAAGUCAACGACACCAUUAUCUUGUCAAGAUCAAAUGGUUUUAUUAUUGUGGCAGAAGCGGGAAAACUUUGUUUAUUGAAAAAAAAAAAAAAGAAAAAGAAAGCAAGAAAAAAAGAUACUAUGGGGUCAAGUGUAACUCCAUGGAAAUGCCACGUCUGCUCUUCAGUGAAGAAGCUGGUUUAGAGUCUCACAGAAAACUUUGACUGUAUUUAUUUAUUGUUGCAAAAAAGACGCUUUUUUAUUGCUGCCCUCAUUUGUCAGCUAAUUAUUUUUUCUUAUAAAAUCCAGCCCUGGUUACACGUAAUCCAUCCUGUAUCUUAUCAUGAUUCCUGUAGGUAAAAGUACAAGACGACCUCUAGAUGUCUUUUCUUUCUAUGAAAGGAGCUGCUAUGUACACAUGUGCACACACACACACACAACUGGGAAUCAACAAUGAGUUUAUUGUUCAUGGUAGAUAAAAAUUAAGCUUGCAUAAAGGUUGGGCUAAGUGGUCCUGGACUACAGACUCUGUUGCCUUGAAUAUAACAAGUACAAUUUGUCAAUUACUCUGCACCAGGCUAAAAUGAGUAAAAUCUAUUUGAAGGUAUCUUGUUUGUAAACAUUUGUCAGAUUCUAAUUUUUCCUUUUUGUAUUAAAAUUCAACUAUGGAUGUAUAUGAAACAAAAUAAAUGGAGAUAAUUUUUUCUCCCACAGA